UCUGAGUCACUCUUCCAUUCCUUUCCUUUCCUCUAAAAAUUUCAUUUCCUCUCUCCAAUAUUUGGAAUUCCACCGGGAAAGGGAGGGAGAGGAAAAGAGAAAAACAUUUCUCUGUUGAAAUUGCGAGAAAACAGCAAACGGCUAUAAUUGACGUUUCUGAGUUCUCGCAACGAAGAUUAAUCCUCAAAGAUCGUUGCUUUUUCGGUCACAGUUUCACUGUUGUUCUUCUCGAUUUGAGGUUUGAUCUGGGUUUCUAAUGAUCUGAAUUUACAGAUUGAUAUAUAUACGCGGAGAAGAAGAGAGAGUUCUAGAGAGAGGGACAGAGUGUGUUCUAGAGAGAGAGAAGGGGGCCUGAGUCCGCAUUAUUGGGGUCUCUGUGUUCGUUGGGUGCUCACGAUGUCUGAUGGGUAUUACAGUUCGAAGAAGUCUGAUGAUAUCUGUGAAGAGGUUUGUGGCCAGCAGGAAACCAGCGUGGCAUUGAGCAUGUCGAGACUUCGUUGCAUGCUGCGAGGGAUGGAUUUAAAGGCCUAUAUAUUUUUGUUUUUGAUUGUGCCAACAGGCAUAGUUGGCAUAUAUUUUCAUGGGCAGAAAAUCACUUACUUCCUACGGCCACUGUGGGAAUCUCCUCCGAGGUCCUUCAUUGACAUACCACACUAUUAUCACCCGAAUGUGUCAAUGGAGACUCUUUGCAAACUUCAUGGUUGGGGAAUUCGUGAAUAUCCCAGACGAGUCUUUGAUGCAGUUCUUUUCAAUAAUGAAGUAGACAUUCUUAAAAUCCGAUGGAAUGAAUUGUAUCCUUACAUAACACAAUUUGUUCUUCUUGAAUCAAACUCUACAUUUACUGGCUUGCCCAAGCGGUUCUAUUUUUCAAUCAAUAGGGACCAGUUCAAAUUUAUUGAGCGCCGGCUAACUUAUGGAACGAUUGGAGGGAGAUUUCGGACAGGUGAAAACCCUUUUGUUGAAGAAGCAUAUCAGAGAGUAGCACUGGACCAGCUACUCAAAAUUGCAGGCAUAGAGGAUGAUGAUUUAUUGAUAAUGUCUGAUGUGGACGAGAUUCCCAGCAGUCACACAAUCAAUCUGUUGAGGUGGUGUGAUGACAUCCCUCCUGUCCUUCACCUUCAACUGAAAAACUACUUGUACUCAUUUGAGUUUCUUUGGGAUCAUAGGAGUUGGAGAGCAUCGGUCCAUAGGUAUCAGAAGGGUAAGACUAGGUAUGCACACUAUCGACAAACUGAUUACCUUUUGGCAGACGCUGGUUGGCAUUGUAGCUUUUGCUUCCGCCAUAUCAGUGAGUUUAUAUUCAAGAUGAAAGCCUACAGCCAUUAUGAUCGAGUGAGGUUCUCUCAUUACCUGAAGCCCGAGAGAAUUCAAGAUGUAAUCUGCAAAGGGGCUGAUCUGUAUGACAUGCUUCCGGAGGAGUACACAUUUAAGGAGAUCAUUGGGAAGAUGGGGCCUCUCCCUCAUUCUUAUUCAGCCGUUCAUCUUCCUGCAUAUUUGUUGAAUAAUGCUGAUGAAUACAAGUAUCUUUUGCCCGGAAACUGCAGAAGACAAAGUGGCUGAGUUCUUAAGAAACAUUGGCGCACCUUAGUUUAUUGGAGGUGCAGAUUUUGUGUUGCAUCUUAGAGAGCUCUACCGGAUUAUUGAUGACCGUGGUGGUGUGACACAAACAAAUAUACCUUACAUCCAAAAAGAUCUAGGUUAGUCUCGGAUGCCGGGAAAACAUGGUUGGUUCUUGGAUUAGUGAGGUACACAUUGUAUAUUUUCCUUUUUUUUUUUAUAUUUGGUUUCAUCCGGGAUGAAGGCAUAUCCAUUGCCAACUGGGGGGAAUGACUUGGUGAUGGGUUGACAGGAAUUUUGUAUGACAUGAUCCCCCAGAUCUUGAAAAAUUAGAAUGACAUGUUACAAAGGCUUUCUUAGCUGGGAA